AUGGCGCUCAAGCACCUACUCAACGACGACGAUGUCGUCAACUUUCACCACGAGAGACACAGUCCGCAUCUCAACUGGUUCCAGCAAGAUUCCUUGGAUCAGUAUGCGAUAGACGCUAGGAUCGGGCGCGAGGCUGAUGAUCGUAGUUUUACGGCGGCUCUACCAACUCAAUCCUGGGAUCAAUACGUGGACGAACUGCUUGGGUCACAGGACGCACAAUGCGACCCACUACUGGAUGGAAUCGACAUCAACGGCUCCUUUCAAGAGACGAGUCGCGAUAUUGAAGACUGGACGACCGGGCAAGCGCAGCAUGAGUCCACUGAGCAGACUCUAGCUGAGCAGGAACAUAUCUGUUAUGGCAUGAUUUUUAGAGCCGCUGUUCGCCUCCGAGGCGACAUGGGGGAGCUUCAUCGUAAGCUCAACAACAUCGCAUCAUCCCCGAUCACAGGCCAUGCGCGAAUGAUGAUCAUCAAACCCGAAGCCCAAUUCGUUGUAGCUUUCCCCGAAGGGGGUGUCGUAGGAGAUGUGAACGCCCAGUUAGACGGAGCAUUAACGAGCAUCGCAGAACAAGGCUAUGAGAUCGAUCUGGAGGUCUUCGCGCCAACGGUGGUCAUCCAGGAGACCAUAGGCCGCGCCACGAAGGACAAAGAAGCCGUAGUGAGGGUACAGAUAAAUGUGUACGGCCCCUCGACAGCCGCUUGCGACAUCGGCAAGGAGUUGUCGCAGCAAAAGAUCUACCUGCAACGCCCUGUGUACAUACGCGAUGGUUGUCGAUACGAGAAUCCCCACAUUCUCACCCUCCCUGGCUUCCAAGGCUCGACACCUGAGAUACCAACCAUCACAGAAGAACCUUUACCUGACAAGGUCGGUCUGCAGACAUUGAGAAGCACCCUCCAAAAUGUGUAUUCCUCUUUGACGCGAGAUCGCAACCUGCACGGGUUAGAGGGUGACGAGCGCCUCAACACCGAUCUUUUGUUCGCGAAGACGGGCCCAUACCAGAGGAGUACACACUCUGGAGGCCGAGCGAAGAAGAUAGAGUCCAAUGCCAUGGUUGAGCCUAAGGAAACCGGCGGUGGUAUCCUGGCAGACGAGAUGGGGAUGGGAAAGACUCUCUCUGUACUAGCCCUUGUACUACGGACGCUAAACACUGCGCACAAUUGGGCUAUCCGCAUCGAUGAUCUGAACGAUGCGACUUCGGAAAUACCAAAGAAGAGACGCCGCUCUGGAGCGACCCUGAUCGUUGCAUCAUCAGACCUCAUGAUCAAUGAAUGGUUUCAGGAACUAGAUAAAAGGCAUUUUGACGAGCCUACUCGUAAAGCCUUGAAAGCGAUCAAGUACCAUGGCCCUCAUCGACACGUUUCCCUGGAGAGGCUCAUGGAGGCAGACCUUGUCAUCACUACCUAUCAUACUCUCGCGUCAGAUUUUGCCAGGACCAAGCACGAGUUGAGGCAUAUUGAAUGGUAUCGUCUUGUCAUUGAUGAAGGUGAGCAAGCCACCACUCGUUUACCGCCCACCAUUGACGAUGAUUUCGCAGCCCACAUCAUACGACGGCAGUCCACGAUCUUGUACCGGACUGUAGCUGACAUUGCGGCCCGAUCGAGGUGGUGUCUGACUGGCACGCCUAUACAAAACCGCCUGGAGGACAUCGGCUCCUUGUUCGCCUUCUUGAGAGUCAAUCCGUUUCACAGCUUAUCGAACUUUCGAAAGACUAUUGCGAUACCUUUUGAUGAGGGCGGUAAGAGACGUACCAUUGCGAUUGAGCGCUUCACUCGUCUUCUGGACUCCAUGUGCUUACGCAGAACCAAAGAUGUCCUGCACUUGCCGGCUGAGCAGCACCGAGUGAGAGAGGUGCCGUUCUCAUCAGAAGAGCGAUUGCAAUACGAGCAGACCAAAGACAUCAUGUUCCGAGCUGUCCGCAACCAGAAUGGCACGUUCGAUCAAAAGAGUACACUGGGCAUGUUCCAGGUACAGCUUCAGCUACGCAUCCUCUGCAAUCAUGGUACUUGGCAGCAGCCUUUCUCCUGGAAUCGCCGCAAACUGCAUUUACUGGAUGAAAGGGAGGCUUUGGAGAUCUCACUUGGACGAGACGGCGAGAUCACGUGCUCCCCCCUGUGGAACGCGCCCACUCAACCACCUCGUUUCAUGGAUGCAUCACAAGAAGAUACCUACUUUCGAGCAAACGGACGGUCUUCGAAGAUGGAAAUGUUGAUGAACGACGUCUCCGUCGAUAUAUGGAAUACGAAAAGCAUUAUAUUUACUUGUUGGACGCGCACCUUGAACUUACUACAGCACUACCUUCACCACAUGUCUGGUAACACGUGGACCCAUGAGCGCAUCGAUGGCGAGUGUUCGACGACCAAACGCGAACGCAUCUUGCAUGAGUUCACGGAGGACCCCAAUUUGCGAGUACUGAUCAUGACCACCGGCACCGGCGCAGUAGGGCUCAAUCUCGCGACCGCGAACCGCGUGUUCAUCGUCGAGCCCCAAUGGAAUCCCUCAGUCGAAAACCAAGCUGUCGCACGAGCCCUGCGUCUUGGACAAAAGCAAGCAGUGUUGGUAACGCGUUACGUUGUGGAACAGACGGUGGAGCAGGACAUGCGCGCAUUGCAGGACACCAAGCUGGAAAGAUCCAAUCUCAUUCAAAGUGGCUGA